AUGGAGGAUUCCGGGGAAGGAGCUGAGUCGGGGCAAGGAGAGGAUGGAUUCCAGCCCCCUGCCUCGGAAACGGAGAAAGACCCGAGUGCUAUGACUGACUUCCUCAAGCCUCUGCUCUCCCCACCUCUUGUUGCAAUCAAAAAAGAUGUUGAAGGAAAGAACGACAACCUCGGAGGAGUUUCUAAAAUGAAGGGUGCUGGGUCAGCUUCACCAGUUUCCCCUUCCCCAGCAGCUCUGCCGGCAACUGGGAAGAAGACUGUUCCUCUUUCCAGUGAAGCUCGAAAAGAACUCGCCAAGCAGGUCAAAGUCACUAAAGAAGAGAGAAGGGCUCAGUUAGAUGCCAGACAUAAGUAUCUGAUACUCAGAUUAGCUGAUGGCAUAGAGUUAAGCGAGCAAGAUGUUGAAUAUGCCAUCGUUUCUGAUGAAAAGUUUCACAUGGUGGGAGAAUUCUUUGCAUCCAACGGACCUAAAAAAUUACUUUUCUUUUACCAAGAUGUCCAUCAGCAAAAAUUGAAUGGUUUGUCAUUGGCAGAUGGUUCUGGUCCUAAUUCCCUGCUGCUGAAGAAGCUUUUUCUCACUGAGGGCUCCACUGAGGGUUUGACUGGGACAUGUGCAUUUUUUCUGAAGUCAGCAAACCAACAAAUAACAGCAGCAAAUGUUUCUCAGGAGGUGAACUUUGGCAUGUUAGACUGCCCUGAUGGAAAUAUUCUUCAGGGGUUAGAAACUCUUAUGGCUGGUGCCAUGGCACCAACACUCAGGUCUCCAGAGCUCUGGAGGGCUGUGAAAGAUGGUUCAAGGAAUAUUCACAUACAAGACUUUCUCUAUUCUUUGGACAAAUUUGUGGAUUCCUUGGCAUCGGCAAGACAACAUUUAGGAGAAAAAAUUAAACUGCAUCAGGUGGAUGUUGGCAGUUACCUUAAUGACUUACACAGCCCUUCUGAUUUCAUAAGAGCAGGCAGCAACACUGAAGUCACAGAGAAGCUUCAGGAAGUACUGAUGAUUUGGAUCCAACAAAUUGAACAAGUUUUGGCAGAAAGUGAACAAAUGAGAAAAGAAUCUGAUGGCACCGGUCCUUCAGCUGAGCUGGAACACUGGAAGUCAAGGACAGCAUUAUUUGACAGCCUUUUAGAUGAAGUCAAGAGUCCAAGAGUAACGAAAGUGCUCACCAUUCUUCAAGCUGCAAAAUCUAGACUGCUCAAGCGUUGGAUAAAGCUGGAUAGCCGGGUGACCCAUGCUUCCAAUGAAGCCAAGGACAAUGUGAAGUACCUGUCUACACUGGAUCGAUUCUUUGGGCCCCUUGGCCACACUGACCCGACCACAGUGGCAGAAAGUAUCCCCUGCUUGAUGAACAGAAUCCACAUGAUCUACAGAACAUCGCGAUACUACAAUACCUCAGAAAACAUGACUUCUCUUUUCCUGAAAGUCACUAACCAGAUGAUCAGUACAUGCAAGAUUUAUUUAGGUCGAGGAAUUUUAAACAUCUGGGAACUUGAAAGACCUGAAUUGUUAAGGAGGAUUCAAGAAUGUGUUCAUUUAAAUGAGCAAUACCAAGCAGCAUUUCACAAAAUAAGGGGAAAGUUAGGGGAAAAUUCAUGUGACAGACAACAUGAAUUCAGCGAGAAUUACAUAUUUGGGAAAUUUGAUAUGUUCUGUAAACGUUUGGACAAAAUUUUGGAUAUGAGCAAUCUCAUGGAAAGUCUUUCAGAUCUACAGAAUCUUAAAAUUGAGGGUAUUGAAACGAUAAGCCGUCAAUCCCAGGAGAUUAUUGCGAGUGCAAAAUUAAAAUCAUACGAUGUUUUGGACCACAGGAAGCAGGAGUUUGACAGAGAUUACCAGACCUUCAAGAACCAGAUUGAAGAACUGAAUGAAUCGUUGCAAGCAUCUAUCGAUUCCUGGUUUGGAAAAAUAUGUACGACUGAACAGAUGCUGGGAGUUUUGGUGAAGCUUGAACAACUCCAUCCAAUCCACAUUGAUCUCCAAGGAAAGUACCGAAUAGCCGUACAACAAUAUAGCCAAGAUUUGGAAAUGGUUCGAAAAUCCUACCAGAAACAGAAAACUGACCCUCCUAUCCCUCACAAUGUUCCACCGGUAUCUGGGAAGAUACUGUGGUCCCGGCAGUUGUUUAGAAAAAUAGACCAGCCGAUGAAAUUCUUUAAGAAUAAACAGGAAAUUUUGAAGAUUCCAGAAAUGAAGAGAGUGAUUUGGAAGUAUAACAAAAUGGCAGCUGUUCUCUUGGAGUAUGAACUGCUCUGCUACAGAGCAUGGUGCAAAUGUGCUGAUCGAAUGAAAAAUGGGCUCCAGGCAUCAUUGUUGGUCAAACAUCCUGAAACAAAGGAAUUAUUUGUGAACUUGGAUCCUAUAUUACUUGAGGUAUUUUCUGAAAUAAGAUACUUCAAGAAAAUGAGCUUAGAAAUUCCAGAUGCUGUCCUCGAUAUGUGCACCAAGGGGGAACAAAUUAAAAGACAACAAAUGAACCUUCAACAUUUUUUGGUUAAUUAUAGAAGUUUUGCAAAUGGUGUUCCCCUCCUGUUGAAGCCCGUGAUCAAGCCAUUUCUGGGGCAAAUCGAGAAAGCUCUCAGUCCAGGUUUGACUCAGCUGUCUUGGACCUCUUUGAAUAUCGAUCAAUUCAUUGAGCGAGUGCAUCAUUGCCAAGAAGAAGUGAAACAAAUUGUGAAAGAUGCUGUGGACACGCUUGAGUGCAGAAUUGAAAAAAUUCUGCAUGAAACAGCCAACACGAUCCUUGUUGAUUUGCCCGAAGAGGAACCUAUUGAAAUUCCUGAUUUUCUGAAGAGAACAGAGACUCGGAUUGCUGCAGUGGCUGAAAGACUGUCUCAACAGAGUCAACAAGCAGAACACUAUAUGUAUGAAAUGAUAUACACUCUGAAAGCCAGACUGAAGCUGCAAGACAGAUCCUAUCUCCAGGAAUCCUUUGCCUGUGCACAUCCAGAUACAAAACUGAAAACCCGUUGCCAGGAAUGUUUGCCCUGUGGUUUCUAUAACCUGAUGGGGCAACUCUGUCAGAAAAAUACUGACUCUUUGAUCAAAUGCACUAAAGCUUCAUUAGAUGUUUUAAAACACCACUUAAACACUGGAAGUGAAAGCUCUUCAGGGACCAGCUUCCAAAAUGAUGGAAGGGUUUCUCUUUUUAAAGCUGAAAUUCAAUUGGCCAUUCCAAAUGUGGUGAUGCAACCAAGUCUGGAUGAUUUUCAGGGGGCUGUAAACAAAGCAGUCAGUCUGAUACUUCUGAUGGCCAAGGACAUCCCUCUGUGGACAUUUCCUCAUCUACAUUAUAGACAACAGCAGAUUGAGCAGAGUGCUACCAUGGAACUCAGUGAUGACAGUAAAAUCACCAAGAUGGGGGUCUUGAAACCUCUGGAUAAACAGAUCAGUGAACACAAGGAUAUUAGCAAACUUGUUAUUCAUUUCAGCACAGUAAUUUCAUCUCUUAAAGAUUCCACAAAGAAUCUCCUGAAGAACUUUUCUAAAUUCUCAAGCAUUUGGAACCAGGAUCCAGAGGAAAAUGUUAAAGAGUUUCUGGAAACCAACCCAGGAAUAUAUGAGAUCCACAACCAAAUCAGUAUCUUUGCUCAAUUAAAAACCCAAAUCAGUGAACUACCAAGUCACUGCACAUUGGAAUCAAUACAAUUCUCCACCGAACCCCUGAAAAUGGCCUUAAUUCAGGAAUGUCAUUUGAGACAAAGAGCAUUUGGCUUGGCUUUAAGCAAAAAACAUACCAAGGACAUGGAUGGAAUUUAUUUAUUUAUUGAUAGUCUUAGCAAGCGGUUAAACAGACCUGUCAAUGACCUUGAGGAUGUGCGAGACUCAAUGAUAGCUUUAAAGGAAAUCCGGGAAGCUGAGAUUAAAAUUGACAUGGCAAUUGGCCCGAUAGAGGAAUCUUAUUCUCUCCUACUGAAAUGUGCACCGUCAUUUCAAGAUGUGAAUGCAGAAAGAGUGGAUGGAUUGGCAUAUGCUUGGAAGAAUCUUACCACACAGGCUCUGCAAACUCAGCAUCUGCUCCUCCGAAUCCAGCCAGAAAUGAAAGCAGAUUUACUAACUGGGGUUGCAAAGUUCCAGGUGGAUGUUGUGGAAUUUCACCAAGAGUUUGAAGAAAGAGGCCCCGGUGUAGAAGGCAUCCUUCCCCAGGAAGCAAGUGAUAGAUUGCAGAUCUUCCAGGCUAGGUUUGAUGAGCUGUGGAGGAAGUACAUCACAUUUUCCAGUGGAGAAGAAUUGUUUGGCCUUUCAGUAACAGAAUAUCCUGACCUGCAAAACAUCAAACGGGAGCUUAGCUUGCUUCAGAAAUUGUAUGGCCUAUACCAUUCUGUGAUUGGAAGUAUCAAUGCAUACCAUGAAAUAUUGUGGACAGAUUUGGACCCUGAAAAAAUGAGCAAUGAACUUCAAGGCUUUAAGAGCAGGCUUUAUAAACUGCCUAAGGCUCUGAGGGAGCGGAAAGCUUUCCAGGACCUUAAAAAGACAGUGGAUGAUUUCAGUGACAGCUGUCCCUUGCUUGAAAUGAUGUCAAAUAAGGCAAUGUUGGGCAGGCACUGGAACCGAAUAUCCCAGCUAAUUGGACAUAACUUCAAUGUGGAUGCUGGAAGUGUCUCUCUGAAGAGCAUAAUGGAAGCCCCUCUACUAAAGUAUAAAGAAGACAUUGAGGAUAUCUGCAUCAGUGCUGUUAAAGAGAAAGAUAUUGAAAUAAAACUCAAAAAUGUCAUCAGUGAAUGGAGUACACACAUCUUGACAUUUGCUCAAUUCAAAAACCGAGGACCAUUGCUACUGAAAGGGCCAGACAUCGCUGAGAAAGUGGUUCUCAUGGAAGACAGUCUCGUGAUUUUGAGCUCUCUCUUGAGUAACAGGUACAAUGCGCCAUUUAAAUCUGCACUGCAGGAAUGGGUACAGAAACUCUCAAACACAACAGAAAUAAUUGAAAACUGGAUGAUGGUGCAAAACCUCUGGAUUUACCUUGAAGCAGUUUUUGUUGGUGGAGACAUUGCAAAACAGUUGCCUCAGGAGGCCAAAAGAUUUCAAAACAUUGAUAAGUCUUGGCAGAAGAUAAUGCAGAGAGCCCAUGAGUCUUUAAAUAUUGUCCAGUGCUGUAUUGGAGAUGAGACGCUUGCUCAGCUCUUACCGCAUUUGCUUGAACAGCUGGAAAUAUGUCAGAAAUCACUCACGGGCUAUUUGGAGAAGAAACGUUUAGUGUUUCCCAGGUUUUUCUUCGUAUCAGAUCCUGUGCUCCUGGAAAUUCUGGGACAGGCAUCAGAUUCACACACUAUUCAGACCUACUUACUAAGCCUGUUUGACAAUGUGAACCGAGUGGGAUUCCAUGAAAAGAAUUACGACCAAAUUUUGUUGUUUGAAUCUCAGGAAGGAGAGCAAGUGGAUCUCAUUGAGCCUGUCCUAGCUCAGGGCAAUGUAGAAAUGUGGUUGGGACAGCUACUGAAUGGGAUCAAGAAAACUCUUCACAGCACAAUAAGACAAGCAUUUGUAACUGUGAACGAGCCAGGAUUUGAGGUGUUUGACUUUCAGGCCAAGUUUCCUGCACAGAUAGGCCUUCUGGGAAUUCAGAUGAUCUGGACCCGAGACGCUGAAGAAGCACUCAAUCAUGCCAAAUUAGACAAGAAGGUCAUGCAGGCAACAAAUCAGAAAUUUUUGGAUCUUUUGAAUGAUUUGAUUGACAUGACAACCCACAAUUUGACCAGAAUAGAGAGAACAAAAUAUGAGACUUUGAUCACCAUCCAUGUACACCAGAAGGACAUAUUUGAUGAUUUGGUGCGGAUGAAUAUCAAAUCCACAAUUGAUUUUGAGUGGCAGAAACAAUCCCGGUUUUAUUUCAGUGAGGAUACAGAUAAGUGCAUCGUCCAGAUCACAGAUGUUGAGUUCAGCUACUGUAAUGAAUAUUUGGGGUGUACAGACCGCCUUGUCAUAACUCCCUUGACUGACAGAUGUUACAUCACCCUGGCCCAAGCCCUUGGCAUGAGUAUGGGUGGCUCCCCAGCAGGGCCUGCAGGCACAGGAAAAACGGAGACGACUAAAGACAUGGGAAAAUGCCUGGGAAAAUAUGUGGUUGUUUUUAAUUGUUCAGACCAAAUGGACUACCGAGGAAUGGGCCGUAUUUAUAAAGGUUUAGCCCAGUCUGGUGCCUGGGGCUGCUUCGAUGAAUUCAAUCGCAUUGAACUUCCUGUUUUGUCAGUAGCUGCUCAACAGAUCUAUGUUGUGCUUCAGUGCAAGAAAAACAAGAAGACUCAGUUCAUAUUUACAGAUGGUGAUGUGGUCAACAUGGACAGAGAAUUUGGCAUAUUUCUGACUAUGAAUCCUGGCUACGCAGGGCGUCAAGAGCUGCCAGAGAACCUGAAGGUUCAGUUUCGCACUGUAGCUAUGAUGGUUCCCGACCGUGGUAUUAUUAUGAGAGUCAAGCUGGCAAGUGCUGGUUUCAGAGACAAUCAAAUCCUGAGCCAAAAAUUUUAUACCCUCUACAAACUUUGUGAAGAACAGUUAUCAAAACAGGUUCACUACGACUUUGGUUUAAGAAAUAUUUUGUCUGUCUUAAGAACUCUUGGGGCAGUGAAGAGGUCCAAUCCCACUGAGCCAGAGAAGACAGUAGUGAUGAGAGUUCUGCGGGACAUGAACCUCUCCAAACUGGUAGAUGAAGAUGAACCUCUGUUUAUGAGUCUGAUUAAUGAUCUUUUUCCUGGGAUUUUCUUGGAUAAAUCUGGAUAUCCAGAAUUGGAAUCGGCCAUACAGAAGCAGACAGAGGAGGCAGGGCUGAUUCAUCAUCCCCCAUGGAUUCUUAAACUCAUCCAACUCUACGAAACCCAAAAAGUUCGUCAUGGUAUGAUGGCUCUGGGUCCAACUGGUUCUGGAAAGACCAAAUGCAUCAAUAUUUUAAUGAGAGCCUUAACAGAUUGUGGGGAUUACCAUAAAGAGAUGAGGAUGAAUCCCAAGGCGAUCACAGCUGCCCAGAUGUUUGGAACCCUGGAUGUUGCCACAAAUGACUGGACAGAUGGCAUUUUCUCCACGUUGUGGAGAAAAACACUAAAAGCAAAAAAGAGCGAGCACAUAUGGAUAGUGUUAGAUGGUCCUGUGGAUGCCAUCUGGAUUGAAAAUUUGAAUUCCGUCUUAGAUGACAACAAAACCCUAACAUUGGCCAAUGGAGACCGCAUUCCAAUGGCUCCAAAUUGUAAGGUUGUUUUUGAGCCUCACAAUAUUGAUAAUGCUUCUCCAGCCACUGUGUCCAGGAAUGGGAUGGUCUAUAUGAGCUCUUCCAUUUUGGACUGGAGACCCAUCUUGGAAGCUUGGCUGAGAACCCUGCCAGCUGCUCAAUCUGAAAUCCUGAGGAACUGCUUCAAAGGGGUCUUUCAGGAUUUAAUGGAUUUUGUUUUCACUUCUGUUACACCCAAAAUGGCCUUAUUAGAAUGCAUGUACAUCAGACAAGCCAUUGACCUUCUCCAGGGCUUAUUGGAGGAACAAGGUGAUAAGGGGCCCAGACUAGAACACCUGUCUCGCUUGUUUGUCUUUGUGCUGAUGUGGUCAGCGGGAGCUCUACUGGAACUGGGAGACCGCGCCAAAAUGGAGCAAUUCCUCUACAGCCAUCCAGCCCGCCUGGAGCUCCCAAACAUCAAAGGGGAAGAAACGCUGUUUGAAUUUGGAGUCAGUGAUGGUGGUCAGUGGGAGCACUGGUCAGAAAGAGUGCCUGAAUACAUUUAUCCUGCAGAUUCGGUGCCAGAAUUUGACUCCAUCCUAGUGCCUAAUGUCGACAAUGUCCGUACUGAUUUUCUGAUGAGAACAGUCAUGAAGCAGAGCAAAGCCGUUCUGCUCCUCGGAGAACAAGGAACAGCAAAGACAGUCAUGAUUAAGGGUUAUACAAGCAAAUAUGAUCCAGAACUGCAUCUGACCAAGUGCCUGAAUUUCUCUUCAGCAACUCAGCCCAGCAUGUUCCAGAGAAGCGUAGAAAGCUAUCUAAGCAAGAGAGUGGGCACAACAUUUGGCCCCCCAGCAGGAAAGAAAAUGACCAUUUUCAUUGAUGAUAUCAACAUGCCAAUUAUUAACGAAUGGGGUGACCAGAUCACUAAUGAGCUGGUGAGGCAGCUCAUGGAGCAGAAGGGUUUCUACAGUUUGGAGAAGCCUGGAGAAUUCACCAGCGUGGUGGACAUUCAGAUCGUAGCUGCCAUGAUUCAUCCCGGAGGAGGCAGAAAUGACAUUCCUCAGCGCCUGAAACGCCAGUUCACCAUUUAUAACUGCACUCUUCCCUCUAAUUCCUCAAUUGAUAAAAUAUUUACCACUGUUGCAAAAGGCUAUUUCUGUGAACACAGGGGUUUCUCUGAAGAUAUUUGUAAACUGGCUUCAGCUUUGGUCUGCACAGCUAGGAAAGUCUGGCAUGCCACUAAAGCAAAGAUGUUACCGACUCCUGCUAAAUUUCAUUACGUCUUUAACUUACGUGACCUCAGCCGCAUCUGGCAGGGGAUCCUCACCAUUACUGCUGAAGUCUGCCAGAGCACGGACAUCCUGGUGGCACUUUUCCGGCACGAAUGCACGCGCGUGAUUGCAGACAGGUUCAUUACCCAGAAAGACAAAGACUGGUUUACAGACAUGAUGCAUAAAGUGGCCUUGGAAGACCACGGGACCCACCUCAUAGGAAGUGACUCACAAGAGUCCUUCUUUGUGGAUUUUUUGCGAGAUGUGCCCGAGGCUACUGGAGAGGAAACUGAGGAUGCAGACCUUGAAGCCCCAAAACUUUAUGAGCCUAUUUCCUCCUUUGAUAAUUUGGCGGAGAGAUUGCAGAUGUUCAUGCAGCAGUACAAUGAAAUCAUCAGGGGAAGCCAAAUGGACCUCGUCUUUUUCAGGUAUGCAAUGACCCACCUGAUUAAGAUCUCCAGAAUUAUUAGAACUCCUAGAGGAAGUGCUUUGUUGGUUGGUGUUGGUGGCUCAGGAAAGCAAAGCUUGACCCGGCUGGCCUCCUAUAUAGCAGGAUAUCAGAGUUUUCAGAUCACCUUAACGAGAACAUAUGGCACCAGUAACCUUAUGGAGGACUUGAAAACUCUCUACCGUGUUGCUGGCCAAAAAGGGCAGGGCAUCACCUUCAUCUUCACCGACAACGAGAUCAAGGAUGAAUCCUUUCUGGAGUACCUGAACAAUGUGUUGGCCUCGGGAGAAGUUUCCAAUCUUUUUGCCCGAGAUGAACUGGAUGAAAUUUCCCAAGACCUGAUGGCGGUGAUGAAGCGGGAGCACCCAAAACGCCCACCCACCGGCGAGAACCUCUAUGAUUACUUCCUAUCGCGGGUCCGCCGCCAUUUGCACGUUGUGCUCUGUUUUUCUCCAGUCGGAGAAAAGUUCAGAACUCGGGCCCUGAGGUUCCCAGGGCUGAUUUCAGGAUGUACCAUGGACUGGUUCCAGGGCUGGCCGAGGGACGCCCUGGUGGCCGUGGCCCAGCAAUUUUUAACAUCUUUCAAAAUGGAGUGCACAGAAGAAAUCAAAGGGAAACUGGUCAGCACCAUGGGGACAUUUCAAGAUAUUGUCGCCGAAAAAUGUUCUGAGUACUUUGAAAGGUUCAGGCGCCAGACAUUCGUUACCCCGAAGUCUUACCUUUCUUUUAUUGGAGGCUACAAAUUGAUCUAUGAGGAAAAAUUGGGGAAUGUUGGAAGUCUAUCUGACCGGAUGAAAACAGGUCUGGCCAAACUGAUGGAAGCAGAGGUUUCGGUGAGUCAGCUUUCUGCAGAAUUAGCCGUGAAAGAGAAAGACCUGGCAGUGGCCUCUGAAAAAGCUGAUGGUGUGUUACAAGAGGUGACGCUGAAAGCCCAGGCUUCCGAGGCAGUGAAAACACAGGUGCAGAAGGUCAAAGACAAAGCCCAAGCCAUCGUGGAUGAAAUUGCCGUGGACAAAGCCACAGCAGAGGAUAAGCUCCAAGCUGCAAAACCAGCUCUUCAGGAGGCUGAGGCUGCUCUGCAGACAAUUAAACCAGCUGACAUCGCUACGGUCCGCAAGCUGGGCAAGCCUCCUCAUUUGAUAAUGAGAAUUAUGGACUGUGUUCUCCUCCUAUUUCAAAGAAAAAUUGAUGUUGUGACUACUGAUCCAGAAAGAUCAUGUGUGAAGCCAUCAUGGACUGAAGCCCUGAAACUAAUGAACAAUUCCGGAUUUCUUAAUAUGUUACUUUCUUUCCAAAAGGACACCAUCACAGGAGAGGUGGUAGAACUACUUCAACCUUAUCUAGGCAUGGAUGACUAUAAUCUCGAUACCGCUAAAAAGGUCUGCGGGAACAUCGCAGGUCUGUGCUCCUGGACCCAAGCCAUGGCUUACUUCUACACGAUCAAUAGAGAAGUCCUUCCCCUUAAGGCAAACCUGGCACUGCAGGAGGCCAGAUUGUCAGUGGCUCAGUCAGAGCUGGACAAUGCCCAGAGCCAACUGGAUGAGAAGCAGAGGGAACUGGUAGCUGUCCAGUCCAUGUAUGAUGCAGCCAUGGCAGAGAAACAGGCCUUGUUGGAUGAUGCUGAGGCCUGCAGGCGGAAGAUGUGCAACGCAACAGCUUUGAUCGAUGGGCUCAGAGGAGAAAAGGUACGAUGGACCAAAAGCAAGAACAGGUUCCAGAACCAAAUUCUUCACUUAGUGGGUGAUGUGCUUCUGGCCACUGGAUUCCUAUCUUAUUCUGGUCCAUUCAACCAGGAGUAUAGGUUCUUGCUUCUGGACCUAUGGAAAAAGGAGAUGAGCGACCAUCAGAUCCCAUUCAGUCAAGAUCUCAACCUCAUCACUCUGCUGGUUGACAAUACAACAGUUGAUGAGUGGAAUCUCCAGGGACUUCCGAAUGAUGAUCUUUCGAUUCAGAAUGGCAUCAUUGUCACAAAGGCAUCACGAUUUCCUUUGUUGAUUGAUCCACAAAGUCAAGGGAAGAUCUGGAUUAAAAAUAAAGAAAAGAACAAUGAACUCCAGGUCACAGCCCUGAACCACAAGCUCUUCAGAAAUCAUCUGGAAGAUUGCCUGUCCCUGGGGAGGCCCCUGCUAAUUGAGGAUGUCGGAGAAGAACUCGAUCCUGCUCUUGAUAAUAUUUUAGAAAAAAAUUUCAUGAAGUCUGGGUCGACCUUUAAAGUAAAAGUGGGUGAUAAGGAGAUGGAUGUCCUGAAGGGCUUUAGCCUUUAUAUAACAACUAAAUUGGCUAACCCUGCAUACACCCCAGAAAUCAGCGCAAAAACGGCAGUGAUCGACUUUACCGUCACCAUGAAAGGCCUUGAGGAUCAGCUUCUCGGUCGUGUCAUCCUCACAGAGAAGCAGGAACUGGAAGCAGAAAGAGUGAGGUUGAUGGAGGAAGUGACUUCCAACAAGAGGAAAAUGCAAGAACUUGAGGAGAAUCUUCUCUUCCGCCUUACCAGUACAAAAGGCUCUCUGGUUGAAGAUGAGUCACUGAUUCAAGUCUUGCAAAUCACUAAAGCAACAGCGGAUGAGGUCAGUGCAAAGCUAACUAUUGCUGCUGAAACAGAACUGAAAAUCAACAGUGCCCGUGAAGAGUACCGGGCUGUGGCUGAGAGAGGCAGCGUCCUUUAUUUUAUCAUCGUGGAAAUGGGUCUAGUUGAUGUGAUGUACCAAACAUCCUUGCGUCAAUUCUUGGGCCUUUUUGAUCUCUCGAUGGAAAGAUCCCCCAAAGCCCAGAUCACUGCCAAACGAAUUGCCAACAUAAUUCAGCACCUCACCUUUGGGGUAUUCAAGUAUACUGUGAGAGGGCUUUAUGGAAAUCAUCGAUUCCUCUUCACAUUACUCAUGGCAUUGAAGAUCGACUUGCAGGCUCAGAAAAUUUCUUACACUGGCUUUCAAACACUUAUCAAAGGUGGGGCAACCCUGGAUCUCCGUUGUGUUGAACCCAAGCCCAAAAAGUGGAUCCUUGAUAUCACCUGGCUCAAUCUGGUGCAGUUGUCCAGUCUUGGCCCCUUCAAGCAACUUCUGGGCCAAAUUGCAAAUAACGACAAAGCUUGGAAGACCUGGUUUGAUAAAGAGGCUCCCACAGAGUCUCCACUUCCUGAUGGAUAUGAAGUUUUGUUGGACAUAUUCCACAAACUGCUACUCAUCCGCAGCUGGUGUCCUGACCAUACCAUCGCUCAGGCCAGACAUUACAUUGCAGAGUCCCUGGGAGACAAAUAUGUGGAAGGAUUUGUUCUGGACCUGGAAGAAAUAUGGGCUGAGAGUGACUGCCGGAUCCCUUUGACUUGCUUUUUGUCUACUGGUUCAGAUCCUACAGAAAACAUAGAGUGUCUUGCAAAGUCCAAGAAUACAGUUUGCCGAGCUAUCUCAAUGGGCCAGGGGCAGGAUGUACAUGCCAGACGCUUACUGAGUCAGAGCAUGCACGACGGGGGCUGGAUCCUGUUGCAGAACUGCCACCUGGGCCUGGAUUUCCUAGAUGAGUUAUUGGAGACCAUCACCACAGCUGAAACCAUGAACCAAGGCUUCAGGGCCUGGAUCACUACAGAGGCUCAUCCAAAAUUUCCUAUUAAUCUUCUGCAGUCCUCGAUCAAGUUCACCAAUGAACCACCUCAAGGAGUCAAAGCCGGUCUCAAACGGACAUACUCAGCUCUUACCCAGGAUCAAUUAGAAAUGAGCAGCCUUCCCCAGUGGAGACCACUUCUCUUUGCUGUGGCCUUUCUUCAUACAGCUGUUCAGGAAAGAAGGAAGUUUGGCCCAUUGGGGUGGAACAUUCCCUAUGAAUUCAACUCGGCUGACUUUGCAGCUAGCGUGCAGUUUAUCCAGAACCACUUGGACAGCAUUAACCCUAAACACGGCGUGGAUUGGAACUGUGUCCGCUACAUGUUGGGAGAGGUGCAGUAUGGGGGUCGGGUGACUGACGACAAUGACAAGAUCCUGCUGUGCACCUUUGCUAGAGUGUGGUUUGGAGAGGACAUGUUUUCUGCUGCGUUCUCCUUCUUCAAAGGCUAUGGCAUCCCACAAGGCCAAGUCAUUGAAGACUACCUCCAGUAUAUAGAGCAGCUGCCUUCGGUGGAUUCACCAGAGGUCUUCGGCCUCCACCCCAACGCAGACAUAACCCACCAGACGAACAUGGCCAACGAGUCACUGAGCACGAUUGUGAGCAUUCAGCCCAAGGACAGCAGUGUUGGGGGAGGGGAGUCCAGAGAAGCCACCGUGCGCCGCCUCGCUGACGAUAUGCUGAAGAAGUUGCCCGCUGACUACGUCACCCACGAGCUGAAGGCCCAACUGCAGGCACUGGGGGGUGCUCAACCCCAGACCAUAUUCUUGCGGCAGGAGAUCGGCCGCCUGCAGCUUGUCAUCUCACGUGUCCGUACAACCUUAUCUGACCUCCAGCUGGCCAUUGAUGGAACAAUCAUCAUGUCCGAAGAUCUGCGAGGUGCUCUGGACCAUCUGUACGAUGCCAGAAUUCCCGAAAUAUGGCUCAGGAUUUCCUGGGAAUCAGCUACCCUGGGAUUUUGGUUUACGGAGCUGGUUGAGAGAAACCAGCAGUUCCAAACCUGGUUACUGGGAGGGCGCCCCUGCCAGUUCUGGAUGGCAGGAUUCUUUAAUCCCCAAGGAUUCCUGACAGCCAUGCGGCAGGAAACAACUCGGAUGAACGUGGCCAAAGGCUGGGCUCUCGACAGUGUCAUCCUGCACAACACUGUGACUAAGAUGAUGAAGGAAGAUGUGACCGCCCCUCCUCCCACCGACACCGGGGGUGUCUACAUCUAUGGCCUUUUCCUUGAAGGAGCAGGGUGGGACCGAAGAAACUCCAGACUGACAGAAUCUUCUCCCAAGGUGCUGUUCACCAACCUCCCUGUGGUCCACGUCUAUGCUGUCCCCGCCGUGUCUUCGGUUCCCGUGAAAGAAGAGUGUGGGUACAGCUGUCCUGUGUAUAAAAAGCCACAAAGGACAGACCUGACGUACAUUUUCUCCCUGGAUUUGAAAACUGUAGAGAAUCCUGACCACUGGAUUCUAAGAGGGGUAGCAUUACUCUGUGAUACGAAAUAGAGGGAAGAAGACAGGCCAAGAAAUUUAGGAGACCGAGUGCUAGGGUCGGUUCUUAGGAUCCAGAAUCGGGAUCAAUUGAUUUAUGGCCGGGCUCCAAAUUUAUGUACAACCUUUUCAAACAGUAGCAUAUAGGACAUCUAAGUAAUAAUGCAAAGCAAUCUAUUAGGCAGAAAAGAUUUCUUUCAAAUAGUGUGCCAUGUUAAAAUUCAAAAGUGUGUUUUUGGUGGGGGUUAUUUGAAAAUUGUUUAUCCGAAAUUGCUGCUUUGGUAGAACGUUCCCAAGUUUGCUUUACAAAAUUAAAAGUUAAUAGUUA